AUGCAGACAUCAUUCAACUGUGAUACAGGGACCACCAUACCCACCACCCCUUUCCAAUUCCGAGUCGACGUCCUCUGUCUCCUAGUGAUCCUCAUCCCGCUCACCUUCCACCACGUCCGCAAAGACUACCAUGCCUUCCUCGCUCUCGGACCAGGUGGCACACCCCCCACACUAACAGGCUACCUGCGAAUAUGCGUGCUUCGUAUCCUAGCCCUCCGAAACCCAUUUAUACCACCAUCUCUCCCACAUACUCUCCUUCCUCAAACUGGAUAUCUCCAUCGCAGCCGGCUCGCCCAGCGGAUUGGACCCCGUCCAACUAUAGCGGGGAUCGCACCCCAGCGCCAGAUCACUCAGCGAAGCGACAAGCUCAUAUAUCAAGCGUUGACGACUGGAAUCCACCAUCUCGUUAACGGGAACCGCGACACCCUAUGCGCAGGUACCUCAUGUUUUGAAAAACAUAGCACGGGUAUAUUCUGCAGGAGGAGUACUAUCGCGCAGCAGCAACAACGGAGUCGGAUCACCUGCGAUGGGGAGGUGUGCCAUACGCAUCCUAUUGAUGGCAGCUUGCAUCUGACGCUUCAUCCGGCAGAUGUGAAGGUUAUUCUGGAACGGGGAUGGGGCCAGCGCCAUCCGUUGGCCUGGGCGGAUUGGUGGUGCUGGGUGCGGUUUGUACCGUCAGGUUUCGUCAUGGUGUAUGCGCCGCGGGAUGCGGAUGAGCUGGAGACAGUGUUGGAGAUUAUUCGUGCUGCUGCAUGGUGGGUGAGCGGAGCGGAAUUACAAGGGUCCGGGGAGAUGGAAGAAGGCUACUCCGUCCACUAUGAAUACAGUAGUAUCUUCCGGGCCUCUCGCUGGACGGGGGUCAUUGAACGAUAA